UUCUAUUUUUUGUGACAAGAUUUUUGAAAACCCAAUUUAUUGAAUAAAAAAUAUGCUUUCCGCCAAGAAACGAAAUCAAUUAUUAGAGCUUGAUCUUUCUUUAGAAAAAUUGUCAUAUGAGAUUCAUUCUUAUUCUUCGUAUACUUCUGCAUAUUAUCCUCGCAAUAUUCUGGAAGACAAACCUUUGGAACAGUCUUCCAGGUGGUCAAGUAAUUGCAAUAAUGAGAUGCAAUAUAUUAUCAUUAAACUCGAAACAAUGAGCAUUGUUCAUAGCAUAACGUUUGGAAAAUUUUAUAAAGAACACAUAUGUAACCUCAAAAAGUUCAAGGUUUACGGAGGGUUAACACCGAACAAAAUGGAUGAAUUACUUAAUAGCGGAUUACGGAAUGAUGAGUUUCCUGAAACCUUUCGACUCAAAUACCGAGCAAAUAAUGUGCUAUUACCAUGUCAAUAUAUCAAGAUUGUUCCACUUGUUGCAUACGGACCAAAUUUCAAUUUUAGCAUAUGGUACGUUGAAUUGAAGGGAAUACGAGAUCAAGAAAUUGUUCAAAAAGCUUACUAUGAUCAUAUCACUUAUCGAGAAAAUGAGGCAAUACGUCUUUGUCUAAAGCAUUUUCGUCAGCGAAAUUAUUUGGAUGUUUUUAAUUUGCUUCAAUCAAAAACCAAUUUACUCAUUGAAGACCCUUUUUUAACGGAGCUAUAUACACAGCUUGUUGUGAAUGGUGACUUUCAGAUGGCUGAAGAUAGUAUGACUGAUGCUGCGGAAAAAGGGUUAUUUGAGGAAUAUAUUCGGAGUUUUGAAUAUAAACUUCAGUGGACAAAAAUUGAAGCGACAAAUGCCGACGGUGAUUCACCUUGUAUAAGAGGAGGGCAUCAAAUGUGUAUUGAUGUUGAGGCAGGACAUAUAUAUUUACUUGGAGGAUGGAAUGGGACGAAAAAUUUAUCCGAUUUUUGGGUUUAUGAUGUGAAUGCAAGAAUCUGGAACCUAAUUAGCUGUGAUACCAGAGAGCAAGGUGGUCCAAAUCCAAGGUCAAACCAUAGAAUUUGUUUAGAUCCUAGUGCAAAGCGAAUUUAUGUUCUGGGACGAUUCAUUGGGCGUGAUAUGCGUGCAAAUGCGAAUUAUAAUUCCGAUUUUUAUCAGUACGAUAUAAUACAUAACGAGUGGGAACAACUUUCAGAGAAUACAUUGUUGGAAGGUGGACCAGGGUUGAUAUAUGACCAUCAAAUGUGUAUAGACUCUGAUAAACAAAUUAUGUAUGUUUUUGGUGGUAGAACAGUUCAUCCAGAUGUAGACCAGUUUUAUUACAGCGGAUUAUAUAGUUAUGAUAUUAUGUCAAAGAAAUGGAAAUUAAUCAGGUCUGACGAAAAAGAUCCGAUUUAUUUCAAAUCACGUAUUGGCCAUUCGAUGUUAUUGGAUCAAACUGAAAGAUUAUUAUAUAUAAUAGGAGGAGAUAGAGAUAAUAAAUUUUUAAGUGACUUUUAUAUUUACGAUAUUAACGCGGAUUCGAUAUAUGAAUUACCUGCUGAUUACGCAGCCCAAGAUGAUCAGGAUCUAGUAGUUUUUACUCAAAGAACAACUUUUGAUAUCGAUACAAAAGAAUUUUUCAUUCUUGCUGGUCUUAAAGAUAAAAAAGAGAAAAAGGCAUCAUCAGUUAAGAAUGCAUUUUGGGCCUAUGAUCUACGUAUGGGAAAAUGGACAAAAUUAUAUCAAAGUGAAAAUUUUGAUCAAUGUUAUUGGGCAAGUAAUGAAACAACAGAACCACGUCCAAGACAUGCACAUCAAAUGGUUUAUGACUACGUAAAUAAAGUUCAAUAUUUAUUUGGAGGAAGAACUGUCGAAAUAGAAACUUCCAGACAACAAAGAUUGGAUGAUUUUUGGGAAUUACAUUUAAUCAGGCCGAAAUCUGAGGAUUUGUUAAGAAGAAUUAAAUUCCUAAUAAGAAAACAAAAAUUUCGAGAAAUAUGCUUCGAAAGUGAUUCAAUUAAAGCACUUAAAUAUCUUCAAAUUCAACUUUCUCAAGUGGUUGAUCAUUCAAAUAAAGAUGAAAGUUUAGAGUUUCGUGGAUUAUCAGCAAGUUUGUUCAAUAAAAACAAAGAUGAAGCUCAUGACACCUUUCAAGAACGAACUGAAUUAUUUGAAAAAUUAUUAGAAUUUUUCCCCGAUGAAAUGAAACAACCAAAAGAAAAUUUAAUUGAUUUAAUAAAAAUUGAAUAAUUAUAAUGGGUAUUUUUUUGGAGGAGGGAAGAAUCUUAAGAUAAUAAAGAUAAGAAGUAUAAAUCGGACAAUUUUUUUUUCGUUUGGUUUAUUAUAAUAAUUAUUUUGAUAUAUUAAAUGUAAAGAGAAAUUAUAUAUGUACAAUUAAAAAUGUAUUAAAAUCUACAAUUUUUUAGCUCUAAUUAUAUCACGUGAGAAAUUAUAAUUAUUUAAAAUGAUAAUUUUCUGUAAAAAAAAAAGAAGGGAUUCUGAUUUUUCAAAAAAAAUGACAAUAAUAAUUAAAUCAACAGUACAACAAUUAUUAAAAGAAAUAACCAAUAGAAGGAUAAUUCGUAAAGAAAUUAAACAAAUAUUAAAUUACACGGAAUAUUCAAGAUGGGAUUUAGGAGUAUUUUUUGUAGGAGAUGAAAUUAAAGAAUUAAAUUUACGUUAUAGAAAUAUUAAUAAAGUAACUGAUAUAUUAA